AUGCCGGGCGUAUGCACCCUGCUGGGAUCACUAUCGGGACUCAACACGAUUAACGGGAACACGAGCGUGCAAGCGUCGUACGUUGGCGGCCAGUGCAACCCCCUCGCCAACACCAAAGGCGACCCACAUUUCCGCGGCGCGGACGGCACGCGCUUCGACUUCAACGGCCUGCUCGACCGCUCCUUUUGUCUGCUUUCCGACCGUCGGAUCCUCAUCAAUAUGGGGAUCAAGGGCUACCGUCCGAUCGCCAACCUCCGAGGCACUGCCACGUCACUGGAUGAAAACACGCUCGCCGCGGCGGUGGAAGCGGCAGCGAAUGAGUUCAAGCCACGUCAUAUUCAGGAGCUCCAGGAGGAAGCGUUAAAUGCGGAGGAAGUGGCGGAGCUGCUCCAGAUGCGCGCCAAUGGGAGCUUGCCUGAGUCCGCGAAGGUGACGGCGGCGCUUGAGCGGGGAAGCUUCACGAAAGCAGCGAGGGCGGAAAUGAUGGGGGCCCGCUUGGAGCGGCUCGGGAUGAGUCUGCAGCGAGUCGCGCUUCGGAAGAGCAGAAUUCGAUCCAGUACGGAGCUUCAAGUGAUGUGGCGCGACGACACAGGAGCGCAGCACUCGGCGUUCCUCAAGGCGCGGGACGGCAAGGAGCAGGGCCGAGGCGCUACGGGUUUCACCCAACGGAUGCACACGGAGGGCAUUCACGGGGUGUUGGGACAGACCUUUCGCGGCGAGGCAUCCCGCGCCGUGCGGUCGCUGCGGCACCGGCUGCUCACUCGCCUGCUGCGGGAGCCGGUAGAUGUGGAGAGCAGUGAGGGGGGCGACGGGCUGCUGGAUGGGCGCGUGCAGGACUAUCUCACCUCGGGGAUUGCCGCGCCUGAUUGUGCCUUCGCUGCCGCGUGGAGGAGGGGAGAGCAGGAGAGUGAGAUGGGCGACGAUGGGCUUGAUCCCAUGCGAUGA